AUGCUCCUACCUCAUCUUUCUCUCAACUUGGGAGGGAAUCCAACCGCGCGAACAUCUCAUGCUAACUUUCUUAUUAAUUCCCAGGGCCCACCCCCACCAAAAGUCCCUGAAGGCUGGAAAGCCGUGUGGAACUCGCAAUACUCAGAAUGGUUCUUCGUCAACAUACAUACCAAGCAGUCUCAAUGGGACAAGCCCACCGAGCCAGCGUACCCUCCUGGUGAAGCGCCGCCCGACGGCCCACCUCCCUACCGCGGAUCUUCUCCAGGAGUCUCCGACACAAAGAAAACCGAGUCUACUCUCGGUUCCAACAACCCAUACGGCGCAUCAGCAGCUGGCAAAAGCGACUUCAUAAGCUCUGACGAGCGCCUAGCCCGAAAGCUUCAGGAGGAAGAAGAAGCGCGCGCCAGGGGAGGCGGCGAAUCCAGCUCGUACUACAACCAUAACUCCAACAACGACCCGUCCAGCUACUACGGCGCACCACCAGGCGGUUCGUCUUCUCUAUACCCUCAAGCCGCUCAGCCACAACAUGAAGAUCGCGGUAGCGGAGGGCGUUCCAAGUCAGGGUUUUUGAGUAAGAUCUUGGGAGGUGGGUCUAAGCACUCUUCCUCUUCUCAAGCGUAUCCGCCACAGCAGCAGUACCCGCCUCAGCAACAGUAUUACCCCCCGCAACAAAACUAUCCUCCACAACAGCCGUAUUAUGGUGGUGGAGGGUACCCUCCUCAACGCCCUAUGAUGGGCGGCGGCGGGAUGGGCGGAGGGAGACGUCCCGGUGGAGGCGGAAUGGGUAUGGCGGGCGCUGGUGCGCUUGGGUUAGGCGGUGGGCUGUUGGCUGGUGGGCUGAUGGGUUCCGCUAUGGGAGAUCAUGGCGAUACUUAUAUUGAGAAUAACGAUUAUGGGGAUGACGGCGGGGACUACGGUGGAGAUGACGGGGGUGACUUUGGAGGCGAUGACGGUGGUGGAGAUUUUUAGGUGAAGAUUUAUCUUUGGUUUCUCUAUUCGUGUUAUUUGCUUUGGCCUUCUAUUCCUCUUGUAUUGUUAGCUUGAUUGUCUCGUUUCAGGACAGAAGUAUCCAUAUGCCUAUCACUAUGUAAUCUUUCCAUCUCUCUCCAAUCCUGACCGAUUCUCGUAUACAAAUUGGCAUUGAUCGUAGCACAUGAAAGAGAGUCUGCAAAUAACAAUUGCCCCUUUCUUAUGUCCAGUAAUCAGUAGGACAUAAAAGAUGCACCGUCCUAUUAACUCAAUACCUCUUUGCACAUAUUGCCGCAUAAUUAUAGGUUUUCUUGAAAAAAUAAAUAUAUAUAUAUU